AUGUUCAAGAAAGACGUGUCUGUCGGCGCGAAGACCAAGGUCAAGUCGUCCGUCCAGCGCGGCAUCCGCUCCAAGGUCGCUGAGCAGUAUCCACUGCUCGAGCCGUACCUCGACACCAUAAUACCCAAGAAGGAGCAGCUGGAUUUGGUCAAGCUGCCUGACCGCGUCUCGCUCUACGCCCUCAACAAUGUCCCUCUUUUCUACCAGCACAUGGACGAUCCUCUGAUCCCGCACCUCUCCCUCGUCCACAAGUACCCUGCCUGCUUCAAGCGCGUCCGCAUCGACCGCGGCGCCAUCCGCUUCGUCCUCUCGGGCGCCUCGCUCAUGGCCCCCGGUCUUACCAGCCCCGGUGGCCGUCUCCCAAACUCCCAGGCCCCAAACGACGCGGACGACACAAUACGAUACGGGAGCGAAGACAUACCGGCGGGGGAAGUGGUGGUGGUGGAGGCGGAGGGAAAGGACAAUGCCUGCCUUGUGGGCCCUUUAAAAGUGGGAACCUCGGAAAUCAAGGCGAAGAAGAAAGGCGUUGCGAUCGACCAGGGUCAUUAUUUAGGGGAUGGCCUGUGGAAGAUGCGCCUGGACUAA